AUGUCCGUACAAGAACUGAAAGAGGUUUCGACCAAUCUAGACGCAACUACUAGAGCUUCCGUCAUGAGAGUUUCUAUGCAUAAUCAACUUGAUAAAGGAAAAAUUUCCCCUAAAAAGGCGCUCAAGGCGCAAGAAUCCCUAACGAGUGUAGAUAAGCCGAAAAAGGACAAAAAAGAUAAGGACAAGAAAGACAAAAAGGAUAAAAAGGACAAAACCGACAAAAAGGACAAGAAAGACAAAAAGGACAAAAAAGAGAAGAAAGGCGAAGACAAAGCGGAUAAGAAAAAAGAUGCCGGUAAAAAGGGUAAAAAGAGCCCAAGCAAAACUUCAGCCAAGGGUCAGUAA